AUGGUAAAACAUAAAAUUUUUAUUUUAAAAUUAAAUAUUUUAUGCAACCAGGUGAUAUAUUUCGGUGAGAUAAAAUCAAUCUCCCGCAGUCCAGGUUCCCAUUGGGAUGGGGAAAACCUAAUUUUCCUUUUUCUCUCCUUUUCUGACUUAGUGACUUCAAUGAAGGAUUUAUCCCAGAAGGAUAGGUAAUUGGUUGAGUAGGAAAUUGGAUGUAAAGGUUUUUAGUUCUUGUUCCUUAAUAUCUCAUAUAGAUCUUGCUAACUUGACAUUCAAAGUCCUGUGUGGCUGUAUAAAAUCUACUGGGUCACUGCCCGAGGGCUUUAAAUGAUUUGGAGAGAUUUUUUUGACCCCCAUAAAUAUAAAAUAUGUAAUAAUCAGUCAAGAUAAAAAUAAUUAUGAAUUUUCUAGCAUCUUUUAGAACUACCUAAAAAAAAAACAAAAGAUAAAAAAUUUUUAUGAGAGGCUUCGUACUUAUGUUUCAAGCACUUUAUAUCAAGUUGUUAUCCAGGAAGUUCCUUCCUCACACUUUUAUGAUUCCAAACUCCAUUUGACUUUGAUUUUAUCGCC